CGAGCCCCAAGCUACCUUGAGGAUAUGACAUGCUAACACUUGCUAAAAACAAUCAAGAGGGCAUUUUUUACUUGACUUGUUGAAACUGAAUUGUCGUAACGAUGCUUGCGUGUAAACGGACCUUCGGGAACACAAUGAUUUCGGCACAGCGUAUUUUGUGUAGAAAAGUUGUAUUUUCUGAUCACACACACAGAUGUCUGUCCACACAAACGGAGGGAGAAGAUCGUCUCGUUAAAAUAUUAAAAGAGAAGUUUCCUUUAGCCUCUUCGCUCAAAGUUGUGGAUAUAUCAGGUGGAUGUGGGGCAAUGUAUGAGAUUUAUAUUGAGUCCAGUGAGUUCAAAGGAAAAAGAACAGUUCAACAACACCAACUGGUUAACCAGGCACUCAAAGAUGAAAUACAAGGAAUGCACGGUCUUAGAAUAUUCACUGAAGUGCCAAAGAAUUAAAGAAAUACCUAUGUUAAUGGUAGACUAACUUUAUUUACAGAAUGUACAAGAGUAAAUAUGUUUAUGAACUUGUCUUUGUGUAUGUACAAUAAUAAUCAUCAUUGCCAAAAAUACUUUUGCAUUCACCUCUGAGGAUUUUACCCUAAAAUUAUGAGCCAGUGAAGCUAUGAAACGCACAAAAUUUAAAGCUGCUUUUUUUGUCUGUUUAGGCUGUGAUGUUGUAUAGCUAGCAGUCAUGUCUUCAUAACUACCUACAUAACAACUCUGAAUAAGAUAACAUUAUAGUAAUGUGUCACCUUUUAAAUACAGCUUUACCCUGAA